GGCCGUUUUGUGGAUAACAGGUUCACGUAUCAUCAUCUUUGUUUUUUUAAUUGGAUAACGUCAGAAGAGUCUUUGAGGAAUCUGCGCACGUCUUUAAAACACUUUCCGACAGCUCCUGGCUGAUCAGAUAAAAAAGAUGACAGGAACCCCCCGAAACUCUGCAGACUGCUGCACCGAGUGUGGAGUUGGGACAAGGAGCCCCUGCAGUCACAAGUAUGCAGACGGAGAGAAGAAGAAGAAGAAGAAGAAGAAGAAGAAGGGUCUGAUGCUGAAACUGUGGAUUUUGUACUCACCACCAGAUGGGAUAGCCUCCAAGCACCCGCGAGCUGGACAGCCACACGCACAUCCAAUAUCCAAUCAGAUACAAAUCCAUGAGGUCAAGAACUUUGGAGGCCGGUCUUGAAAUGAGUCGACGUGGCGGCGCGAGUCGUGCAAAAAAAAGGAAGGCCUCGACCUGCGUGUGUCUGCAUCGCGCUCAAGCAGCACGCUCGGGGAGACCUGAAAGACGGUAGCGGAAGACCGAUGGAAACACCGGAGCCUCGCCAGUGUCCCGGUGCUCCCGGUGCUCGUACCCGUGACACGGCUGAAGGCAUCGGUGAGACACGGACUGUGAUAACGGACUAGAGACGCGCUGGUCCGGGUUGAAGCCAUCUUUUUUUCUCCUCUGCCUCGGACGUUUAGUCACGCCGCCGCCGCCAUCAUGAACGUGGGCACGGCGCACAGCGAGGUGAACCCCAACACCCGGGUGAUGAACAGCAGGGGCAUGUGGCUGUCCUACAUCCUGGGCAUCGGCCUCCUGCACGUCAUCCUGCUCAGCGUGCCCUUCGCCAGCGUCCCCGCGGUCUGGACCCUCACCAACCUCAUUCACAAUCUGUGCAUGUACCUCCUCCUCCACACGGUCAAGGGGACGCCCUUCGAGACCCCGGACCAGGGCAAGGCUCGCCUCAUGACGUACUGGGAGCAGAUGGACUACGGCGUGCAGUUCACCGCGUCGCGCAAGUUCCUCACCAUCACGCCGAUCGUCCUGUACAUCCUCACCAGCUUCUACACCAAAUACGACCGAGCCCACUUCGUGGUCAACACGGUGUCCUUGCUCACGGUCCUCAUCCCCAAGCUGCCCCAGCUGCACGGCGUGAGGCUCUUUGGGAUUAACAAGUACUGACCACCCCCCCCACCCCCCACCCCAC